AUGAAGCUGUUUGAGGGUGGUGAGUUGGACCGUAAAGUUAUGGAGAAAGCCAGUUGUCAAAACUAUUCCCACACCCCAUGGGAAUCAGAGAAAGGUGAUGUCUAUGAAAGGCAAACUUAUUACAAAUUUGACAAGUGUAUUUCCCGUUACAGAGGAGAGACAAGAAGUACUAAGCAAAGAAGCCCCAUUUCUGAUAGUAUUGGAUGGAUUAUUGAAGAGUUUAUACUUUUGAUUUUGGUGCUGAUAAUAAUAAUAUUGAAUCUAUACCCAUAUCAUCCUCGAUAUCCAGAUAUUCUUACAAAUUCUGCUCAUCCAAUGAGAGCCCAGGAUCUUGCAAAUGUUACUUCUUAUCGAGAAUGGGUGUUAUUUGGGUAUCUUGUUUGUCCAGAUGAGCUGCUUCAUGUUACUAGCAUCGAUAUUGCUAUGGUGGUACUGAAAGAAAAUCUAGUUCUAACAUUAUUUAGGGAUGAGUAUAUACUUCUGCAUGAGGAAUAUCAGCUCUAUGUUCUACCCAGAAUUUUGGAAUCAAAGAGGACGGCAAAAUCUGGACGCACCAAGCAAAAAGAAGAAGAUUUGGAAUAUAGUGUUGCAAAGCAGGUUGAAAAAAUGAUUAGUGAGUAGGAACUAGAAAAAGCAGACUGUUCUCGUGACGUUAUUCAUGUCACAAUUUUCACCUUCUCUG